AUGCAACGUUCAAUACCAUCUUCUUCCUCUUCAGCCAAAAAUGUGUGCAACCAAAUUCUCCGGUUGGGGCGACAAUUGGAACCGGUGAAAAAUCGGGCUCCAUGCGACGUGUUCAUUAACCACAGGGGAAUCGACACGAAGAGAAAUGUUGCGGGCUUGCUAUACGAACAUAUUAGAAAUAAUCUUGGGCUUAGGCCAUUUUUGGACAGCAAGAACAUGAAGCCUGGUGACAAAUUGUUCGAUAAAAUCGACCCUGCGAUCCGCCAUUGCAAGAUUGGGAUGGCUAUUUUUUCACCUCAGUAUUGUGAUUCUUAUUUUUGCUUGCAUGAGUUGUCUCUGAUGAUGGAAUCGAAGAAGAGGAUUAUACCAGUUUUUUGUGAUGUAAAGCCUUCUGAGCUUGCUGUCAAGGACUUGAAUAUUAAUUUUCCAAAGAGGGAUUUGGAGAAAUUUAACUUGGCUCUUGAGGAGGCAAAAUACACGGUUGGGCUCACAUUCGAUACCUUAAAAGGGGACUGGUCGGAUUUCCUGGUGAAAGCUUCGGAUGCAAUAAUGAAGAACUUGUACGAGGUAGAAAGAGAGAAGUUCAUCCAUAGAAAGAAAUAUGUUGUUCGACAACAAAUUUUGCACAGCUAUUUGUAA